CAGACUUCGUUCGCUUUACACCGAGUCCAACACCGUAAACUAUCAUCGGCCACCAUGACGGAAAUCUUCCAAGAGUACUACGACACGUUCAAGGAGCUUCGAAAUGAAGCCAUGGGCGUCAUUCGCGCGAUCCCUGAUGCAUCUACGUCGGAGAAGGGAAGCCUUGAACGAGAAGUCCGCAGCAAGCUGGACGAAGUCGAGCGGUACUUGCGUAUUCUCGAGCAGGAAGGCAAUGGUGGCGAUGCCCAACAAAAGCGCAAGAUGCAAACCCAGCUGCGGUCGUGCACGUCAGACAUUGACAAGCUGAGAAACAACCUGAACAAGGCGUUGCUGGUGGGUCAAGCUCAGCAACGAGCGACCGCCGGCCCAAGAACCGGUCCCAUGGACGCGCAAGGCCAGGCGGCGGCAUACCAACAGCGAAUGGACCGCACGGGGAACUACUUGCACGAAGCAAAGAACACGAUCGGUGAAAUCGAUGCGAUUGGCGCCAACAUCAACAACAACUUGGCGCGGGACAGAGAAAUCUUGGAGCGCGCGCGGGAGAACGUGCACGAGACUCGCGCCGACACGCAGGAGGCCGGCGCACACUUGAGCAGCCUCGCGCGCAAGACGUAUGCGAACAUUUUCGUGCUGUGGAUUGUGAUCGUGUGCCUGACGUUGGCCAUUGCCAUGGUCCUUCUCAAACGGGGUGGCGUUCUCUAAAUUUAAACCUAACGUUAUCCUUAAGUGCACAAAAGUAUGGUCAAAACGAACCUAGCAAACGGCUAUGUUGUAUCGGAUCGCAAUCUG